AUGGAGGGGGUGCAUCUCACUCUCAUCAGCGACGACGCCAAGCUCAGAGAGACGUUUGCAGUCGAGCUCACAGCCGACACCUUCGUUCCUAGGGGAAAGAUCGCCAAGCAGAGGAAGGUACUUCGCGAGAGAGAUCAUGCGGGGCGCAGCAGCUUUAGAGUACAGAUCAAGUCGAGGUCAAGCAUGAGCACAGGCCGCUUCUCGAGGAAGGAGAUGGAAGCGCUGUGCGGAGGAGGUAACACAUCGAUCACGAGAGUCAAGCGAGCCAUGUUGGAGUUAGCAAGAAGAAUGAACCUCAAGCUGGUCAGCGUCGAGGUCUAG